GGGCCGGCAGACCCUCCCUGACUUCUGAACUAGUCAGUGUGUGCUGUGGAGACGAGGAAGUUGGGUGUGUGUUCCUCGCUCUCUGCACAACAUAACUUGGCUGUUCUUACGUGUGCACCGGACUUUGGACUUUACCAAUUAUCAACACAAGUGUUAUUGAAUACAUUCGUGUGCUACAGACAUUUGAGAAUUUAGCAGUAUAUUGCUAAUUAAGUGACACUGUGAUUUUUGUUUUUUACAAAAUAAGAAAUAUUUUUGCAAGGUGACUGAUGCUACAAGUGCACCGAGUUUGGAUUUGCUGUGACAGUCUGUCUCAAGUGUUACUUCGUGUGUUUGCUGCCUCUGCGUAAAAGCACAACUCAUGUUCUAGAGGAAUCUGGGUCCUGCAGAAGCCUUGAACUUAAGGCUAAGCCUAACAAAUCCUAGUCUCAGUACAGUUCUGAAGAUGGAGGACUUGUACUGUUCAGAGGCUCCCGCCUGCUCGGAGGGACCCAUCGCUCUUCAGGACAACACGCUGCUUGAGGACUCCAGAAUUCUUAACAACCUGUUGCAACUGCAGCCCUUCACCAUCCCUCCACAGAACUACUUCCUUCACAUACAGAGUGACAUCCAGCCUUACAUGCGGAAGGUUGUCACAAAGUGGAUGUGGGAAGUGUGUGAAGAGGAGGGAUGUGAAGAGCAGGUCUUUGCUGUGGCCAUCAACCUCUUCGACAGGUUCCUCUGUGCCUGCGUUAUACAGAGGACGCAACUACAGCUUCUCGGUUCAGUGUGUCUCCUGCUGGCGUCCAAGCUCCGGCAGUGUCGACCACUCUCCGUAGACAACCUUACCUUUUAUACCGACUACUCCGUCAGUCAACAGGAGAUCAGGAGUUGGGAACUGUUGCUCGUCUCCAAGCUAGGAUGGGAUCUGGCGCCUAUCACGGCUUUCGACUUCGUCGAUCACCUCCUGUGCAGGGUUCCUUUCCUCGGCUGUGAUCCUGCCGUCACCAGGAAGCACGCCACCACUUUCCUCGCCCUGGCCGUCAUUGAACCAGAGUUCCUACAAGUAGAACCAUCUGCACUUGCUGUGGCCUCCAUCAUCUCAGCUGUGAGAGGACUGAUUCCUUUGUCCGAGUGCACCGCUGCCCUCACCACCUUCGCAGCAGCUGUUAACCUCGACCCACAUGCGCUUCAUGCCUUAGUCAACCAGGUAGAUCUGGUUGUAGAGAGAGAAGCCAUGCUGGUGCCCAGUCCAGUGUCCACUCAACAGACACAACAGCCUCUCACCCCAACAAACAAACAGCAACCACCAGAACCAAUGGAGUUUUUUGACGUACAGAAGACUCCCACAGAAGUGACGGAUAUCCACUUCUGAUGUCGAGACAGGCGACAGUAGCGGAUGGCGCUGCUGCUUGGAGUCGUCGAGUCCGCCUUGAGUGCUUGGUAAUUAAACUCGUAAAAGACGUGUUGCCGGGACGCGGGCCUCGCUGCUUCCACCUUCAGCUCAGGUACAAAGUGGGUCGGUGAAGCCUUCAUGCAAGUCCACACAAAGCUAAACAUGAGUGUUUCUCAGGAUGCAGACAUCACACCAUGCACAUCAGCGUGAAUUCCUUUGGCGAGGAUUCAUAUACACACAUAUAUUUUAUUUCUAUCAAAGGACUUGAAGCCAAACCAAAGACAUGAUGAAGGUGGGGCGGUGGUGGUUCUUCUGGGUUUGGUCCUCACUGCCAGACGUCUACAUAAAAAAAAUAGGGGAAAGUUCAGCGCCAUCUCUUGUAGUCCUGAGAGCCGGCACGCGUCCUCCAGGCAGGGCGAUCUGGCUCAUACCAAAUGGUGUAGAUCUCAGUCAUAUUUUGUAUCCAGUCAAAGUCACGGACGGGGACACACGAGGGUAGGUCACUCUCGGCUGUGAGGUAACUCAUGUCACUUAAAGACACACACACACACACACACACACACACACACACACACACACACGCGCGCGCACACACACACACACACACACACGCGCACACACACACACACACACACACACACACACACACACACACACACACACACACACACACACACACACACACACACAAACACACGUCAAAACAUUAAAACUCAAUCAAAGUAUUCUGAAAUAUAUAAUCAAAUCUGCAUUCAUUUUGAGAUAUUGUGACUGACUUGAGUUACGAAAGCAGCAAUCCUUCGUCUCGUUCCGGGAGAGCAGUAGUGUAAUGUGGUAGCUGCUUCAAAGUCAGUCAAAAUACUGUGAUGAAGUUGGGACCAAACUGUCCUAUUAUGACACUGAUUUAGCUGUUGCAUCACACCUGCUCGGAAAAGUUCCUGUGUGGGACCCCAAAGUGCGUUGGAUAAAACGUGUCAGUAUUAUUAAGUAAUAAUCAAAUCUAUGUUAAUGAGAUGUCAGAACUAAGGUGCUGUAAAUUUCGAUUCUCAGUGUUUGUUCACGCCUGAAAUACACCUGUCCCAGAACACGGUGCCGGGCAUUACUUCCGCCAGGUGCUCUCGCUCAGUCUGUGUGCCGGGCAAGCAUAAUGCAGGAACAAAUUCUAAUGAUCUCGUCGGUUGUGUGAGGAAAUAAUGCACAAAUUUUGUACUCUUGUAUAAAUUGUAUCAUGUAUAUAGUGUAAUUACUUUGUUAAUAUUGCUACCAUAGGCUAUUCUAUAAUAUAUAUUUUGAAGUGUUAUAAUGUCACUUCGAUGAAAGAGGAAUCUUCGUUCUUUGAACAAGGAAUCUUUAAGUAACGUUACACAAUGAGUUAACGCCAUUCACAAUGAACUGGUCUCCAGAAGAGUUCUUAGUGUUGGCUCUAAGUUACCUGAAGAAGUGCCUUGUGGAAAAUCAGUGCCUUCAAUUGUUGAGUAUGUGAAAACUUCAGGCUUAUUGCUUGCCUUCUUUAUUCUGUACGGUAAAUUGUGCCUUAAAAUUGUUUCUUAACAAAUAUUGAUUAUUUUCUCGUUUGUACUUAAGACAUCUUCCGUCAUAAUUUGUUAAGAGAACUAUAUUUGAUACUCUGAUUCAUGCGCUGCGAGGAGCAGACAUGUUUUCAAUGAUGUAAAAACAAUGUUUCAUGACAAAAAAAAUUUUGUAUGCUAUUUAUGUUGGUGUCAGGGUGUAAGGGGCAGGGCGGGGCCUGCCUGGGCCGGCCCGCGAAGCCUGCUAGCGGCCGUAGCUCUAGUGUAGUGUUGAGCCUGGUGUCUCAGGUGUUCUCUAGUCGCGUUUCCUUGUUGCUGAAGGGUGUCAUUUUGAUGGCUUGAGUUCACUUUGUACGUUUUCUUUAUGAAAAUUUGAAAGUUUUUUUUUAAAUAUAUAUUUAACAUCCUAUGAUAAAUGUUUUAUAGGCUUCUUAAAUAUGUGUCCUUGUUUUUUGUUUAAAGUUUUAUCGCAAUUACUGGUCCUCAGUAACAGCCGUCAUGAGUAUAGUCUUUCUGCAGCAAGUUUACAAUAUUUAAGCUAUGACGUGCCUUCUAGCCAAGAGGUCGCCAUAGGCUGCUAAGGUACAACGUGAAGGAAGGUCAGUGAGUGGUCCCUGACGCACACUGAUACACUGCCGCGUCUCGUGGAAGGCGCCUCUCCUAAACUAAGCUCAGUGGUUCAUACACUGUACAAAGUAAUGCACCUCACUGGUACCGUGUGUUCCAGUGCCACCUAGUACAACCACUGGAGCAGCUGUUAGUCGCAGCGCUCAGGAAGCUGCUUCACCGCGUAUGGUUGGUAGACCAAGUUAUGCAUUAAGUGAUUGAAAAAUGAUAUUUGUACUCGAUUAAUGUUUAUGUUCCGUGAAAAAUUUACUUCGUAUCUUGGGAUGUAAUUAUUUAUAACAUAAGCUGUGUUUUGAUCAAUAAAUGGAGAAGUUUAAA